CGUCCGUCACGUGAGGCGGUCGCAAGGGCGUGGUCCGGCGUCCGUCACGUUCCUCUGCGCCGUCGCAGCAACUGGUUGGCGAGACAGUAGCACGCUGCGGCUUUCUUACGCUGCGCCCCUUUAGGAUUCACCAAUUCCCUCAGGCGAAUCUUUUACGGUUGAAUAAGCGUUGCGGAAACGGUUCAUCUACGUAUCCGAAGCGAUAUCGGAAAUCUGACGCACCGCUCUCAUUGGUCAUUGUUUAGAAAAGGAGCGACGUAAGUUGAGUCACCUUCACUUCGGGUGAGAACGGAAUUUCUGGAGCUGGCGCUUUAGUGUUUCGUCGGCGUGAGAGCAGUUCGUUCUGGGAGCUCGCUUUGAAAUGGAUUUGCAAGCAAGUGCCCCUGUGGUGGCGUGCGUCGCAGGCACGCAAACAGAUGCGCAGCGGGAGGCGCUGCGUCAGGUAGCAGAAGCCAACAAUGCAUUCAGCACCGACCUCUAGCAAUGUGCUGCGCUCGGAGCCGGGCAACCUGAUCGUGUCGCCGAUGAGCGCCAGCGCGGCGCUGGCCCUGGUGCUGCAGGGCGCGGGCGGGCGCACGGCCCAGCAGCUGCAGGCGGCGCUGCGCCUCCCGGCCGACGGCGACGUCAUCAAGGACGGCUUCAAGGAGCUCUUCGUCGGCCUCGAGAGCAACAACGCGACGAUCGUACGCAUCGCCAACAAGGUGUACACCAAGACGGGCGCCACCAUAAAGGCGCCGUUCAGGAGCACGGCGGUCGACAAGUUCCGCGCAGACGCUCAGGAGCUGGACUUCGUCCACGACAACGAGGCUUCCCGCCAGACCAUCAACCGCUGGGUGGAGCAGAUCACCGACAACAAGAUCCGCGAACUCCUGAAAAAGCUGGACCCCUCGACGCUGAUGGUAGUGGUGAACGCCAUCUACUUCAAGGGCUCGUGGGAGAAGCCCUUCGCUGACGGCGAGACGCGCAACGAGCCCUUCCACGUGUCGGCGUCGUCGCAGGUGUCGGUGCCCAUGAUGCACGUGACCUCGCACUUCCGCUACGCGGUGCUGCCGGAGCUCGGCGCGCGCCUGCUCGAGCUGCCAUACCAGGGCCGCACCAUGAAGAUGUGGGUGAUUCUGCCCGACGAGGUCGACGGCCUGGCGCGCGUGGAGGCAGGCCUCACCUCCCUCAACUUCUCCGCCAUCAACAGGCAGAUGUCGUCGGGCGAGCUGGGCGUUCAAGACCUGUUCGGGCCGGGUGCCAACCUGUCGGGCAUCACCGACUUGAGCGUGUCGGUGAGCCAGGUGAUCCAAAAGGCCUUCGUGGAGGUGACGGAGGAGGGCACGGUCGCCGCAGCAGCCACAGGUGUUGGAGUGGUUCCAUUGUCUGCACCUCUUUUUCCUCCCCGCCCAGUAAUUUUUACUGCUGAUCAUCCUUUUAUAUUUUUAAUAAUAGAUGAAUCUCAUCUGAUUACUUUCAUUGGUAGAGUAGCAAUUCCCCCAUUAUAAACUCUUCAAAGUUGGCAAAUCUGGAUAUUUGACAUAGUCUUUACAAACGAUUUAUGAAAUACUGUCUUGCUUUUUAUAUGGGACAUUCUAUAAGGUAAAAUAUCUUUAAAGGAAUUGAAUUUCAUUUUUUUAUGAACUUCUUUCACAGGAUGAAAUUUUAGAUUAAAUUCAAAUCAAUUUCAAUUCAAUUUCAAAAUAAAUUAAAUUUCUUUUGAGAGUGCUUAAUAAUAGUAUCUUCUAACUGAAUUGUUAAUUCUUGAACUUUGUUUAUAGCAUUUUGAAUGAAGGGAAAUUAAGUGGUAGGAUACCAUCAGACACAUGUUACAAAAUACAAAAUAGGAUGUUCAGAAAAUGAGAAAUCUUAUGAUAAAUAUAAACAAAACAUUAGAAAAAGAGUCCUACAAGAUAAAAUUACAUUUACCACUGCCAUAUUCAUUAGACUGUGUGAGAAUUUGCAAAUGAUAUCUUCAUCUCAAAUAUAAAACUAACUUGACUAAAAAAAGAACUGUCGCCCCAUCACAGCUAAGAAGAAUGCAAUUUAGGAAGACUUGGUUAGUACUUUAACAGAAGAUAAAAGUCAUCAUUUCAUCUCUCUGUGCCAUGAGGUGUACAUCACCUUGAUAGAAAAUCUAAUUAAUUGAAAAUAUAUUUGUUUACACAAGGGGUUUGAGAUAAUGGAAAUUAAAAGCACAAAAUAUGUUUGAAAAUGUAUCAGUUAAAAUAACAUACAAACUACAGAAGUUCAAAAUAAAAUCAAUUUGAAUCUACACUUUAAUAUUUCGUUCUGGACAUAAAAAUGUUUUCCUUUGUCAAAUACAUUUGAUACAACUCUUCUCUUUUGAAGAAACUGAAUAAACCAAAAUGAAAGUGCAAAAUAUUGCAGUGAUUCAAAGUAAAAUGGAAUUAUUAACCAUUUCCCAAUAGAGCACCAUAAGAUAUUGCAAAAAUGUGUUUACUGUGCUUAAAAAGUACAAAGAAAAAUUCAUCUAGUGAACAAUCCAAUCCAAUUAAAAAUAUUCGGAAUGCUAUUUGCGAGAAUGUACUUUAAAAGAAUUCAGUGAAUUAUGACUAUGUAUUAAAAUAUUAUGCCACAUAAAAAAUGUACCAUAAAAAACUAAUAUAAUAGGUUUUAAUGAAUAUAUGAUAGUCAAAGGUUACAUUUAUUAAUGAAUAUGUCUUGGUUGAAAAUAGUCA